CCAAAAUGCUGGCUGCUGGAAAUCCACCAAUCAGACAGUUCUUAGAAGAGGCACUGGCAGGCUUCUUUGUUCGUCGACUCCCCUCCCACUCAAAAACUUUCUGCUUCGCCCUGCCGACUCCAGGCGCCGAAAGGCAUGGAUCCUCCAGAGAGCCCCGUGCAAGGCCUCCAGAAAGCCGCCGUUUGUUCCAUCUGCCUCGAAUUUUUCAGGGACCCCGUCUCCAUCGAGUGCGGGCACAACUUCUGCCGGGUCUGCAUCACCCAGUGCUGUGAGGAGUCCCGGAGACGUUUCUGUUGCCCUCACUGCCGCAGAAGGGCUUGCAAGCGAGAUAUCAGGCCUAACAGGGAGCUGGCCAGUAUGGUGGAGCUGGCCAAACGCUUCAAGCUUCAGGAGGAGGUGGAGGAGGAGGUCAGAACCGCAGGAGGGAAAGGCCAGUGUGAGAAACACCAGGAGCCCCUGAAGCUCUUCUGUGAGGAUGACCAGAUCCUCAUCUGUGUGGUUUGUGACAGAUCCAAGGAACACCGAAGCCACGCUGUGACUCCUCUAGAGGAGGCUGCCCUGGACUACAAGGAACAAAUCCAGAGUCAAUCACAGACUCUUAAGCAAGAGAAAGAAAGACUUCAAGACCUUAAACAAGCCAGUGAGCAGUCAGUUGAAGCAUAUCUGGAGAGUUUAGAUGUUGAACGGAAGAAAAUGACCUCUGAAUUUGAACUGCUGCAUCAGUUCCUUGAAGAAACGGAGCAGCUCCUUCUGGACCAGCUGGAUGAGGUGGAGAUGGAGGUCCGGAAAGGGCAGAAGGAAAGCGACAUCAGACUCUCAGAGGAGAUUUCCAUUCUUGGGGAAGUGAUUAGUGAGAUGGAGGAGAACUGUAAGCAGUCAGCGAGUGAAUUCCUGCAGAAUGUCAAGAAAAUGCUCAGCAGAUAUAAGGAAGAGCCUCAUUUGCCUGUGGUGAUUUCUCAAGACCUAAAAGAAAAACUCAGUACAUUUGAUAAGAAAAACAUUUCCUUAGAAAAAAUGGUGAAGAAAUUCAAAGACAUUUUGACGCUUGAAUUGCAAGAAAAAGGAGAGGACGCAACUGUGACGAUAGGCGUGCAGACAGAUCCAGAAAAAGGAGAGGAUGCAACUGUGACGAUAGGCGUGCAGACAGAUCCAGAAAAAGGUGAGGACGCAGCUGUGACAGUAGGCGUGCAGACAGAUCCAGAAAAAGGAGAGGACAGUAGGCGUGCAGACAGAUCAAAAGUCUUUAUGUUGGCAGAAGGAACAGAUUCUCCCAGAUGGUGUUUCCACACUGGACCCUACAGGUAUGUGAGGCUGUGA